AUGUGCGACGAAGACGUGGCAGCUCUGGUAGUGGACAACGGUUCCGGUAUGUGCAAGGCCGGAUUCGCAGGCGACGACGCGCCCAGAGCCGUGUUCCCGUCCAUCGUCGGACGUCCGCGGUACCAGGGCAUCAUGGUGGGCAUGGGACAAAAGGACAGUUACGUCGGAGACGAAGCACAAUCCAAGAGGGGAGUGCUGACAGUCAAGUAUCCCAUCGAACACGGUAUCGUCACCAACUGGGACGACAUGGAAAAGGUGUGGCACCAUACGUUCUACAACGAGUUACGUGUAGCCCCCGAAGAGCACCCAGUGUUGCUGACCGAAGCGCCGCUCAACCCGAAGGCCAACAGAGAGAAAAUGACACAGAUCAUGUUCGAAACGUUCAACACCCCGGCAAUGUACGUAGCCAUCCAAGCCGUACUCUCCUUGUACGCUUCCGGUCGGACGACUGGUAUAGUUUUGGACUCAGGUGACGGCGUGUCCCACACCGUGCCCAUCUAUGAAGGUUACGCUCUACCACACGCCAUACUCCGUCUGGACUUGGCCGGCCGCGAUCUCACAGACUACCUGAUGAAGAUCCUCACCGAAAGGGGUUACAGCUUCACGACUACCGCUGAACGAGAAAUUGUUCGCGACAUCAAGGAGAAGCUGUGUUACGUGGCACUCGACUUCGAGCAGGAAAUGCAGACGGCCGCGUCGUCCAGCGCUCUGGAGAAAUCCUACGAACUCCCGGACGGACAGGUGAUCACCAUCGGAAACGAGAGAUUCCGUUGCCCGGAAUCGUUGUUCCAACCUUCGUUCUUGGGAAUGGAAUCGGCCGGUAUUCACGAGACCACGUACAACUCAAUCAUGAAAUGCGACGUGGACAUCAGGAAGGACCUGUACGCCAACACGGUACUAUCCGGAGGCACUACCAUGUACCCGGGCAUCGCAGACCGGAUGCAGAAGGAAAUCACGUCACUCGCCCCGUCCACAAUGAAAAUCAAAACGAUCGCACCGCCCGAACGCAAGUACUCCGUGUGGAUCGGUGGCUCCAUCUUGGCGUCCUUGUCUACUUUCCAACAGAUGUGGAUUUCGAAGACCGAAUACGACGAGAGUGGCCCGUCCAUUGUUCACAGAAAAUGCUUUUAA